GGCGGAACCGGCCGGAGGUUCCCCCGCCAUGGAGAAGUUCGGGAUGAACUUCGGGGGCGGCCCCAGCAGGAAGGAGCUGCUGGAGACCAUCGAGACGCAGAAGCAGCAGCUCCUGCGCUUCCAGGCGCGCCUCAAGGACGUCGUCCACGCCUACAAGAGCCUGCUGAAGGAGAAGGAGGCGCUGGAAGCCAGCCUGAAAGCGCUCUCCGUGUCCCAAGAUGGGGAGCUGGCCGUGCCCCCGCCCGCAGCCGGGGACUCCCCGGAUGACCGGAGCUCGGAGCACAGCGAGGACAGCGCGGGGACGGCCGCCAGCGCGGACACCGCGGCCAGCCCGCCCAGGGGGGACGAGGAUGACAAACCCGCGGCCGCCCCCGCCCCGAGAGCCGAGGAGCCGAGCGGCGCCGAGGGCGGGGAGCUGUGUUCCGGCGAGCCCGAGCGGCGGCUGCAGCAGCUGAAGGCGCAGCUGGCCACGCUGACGGGCGCGCUGGCCACGGUGACGCAGGAGAAGUCGCGCAUGGAGGCCUCGUACCAGGCGGAGCGGCGGCAGAUGAAGCAGGAGCUGGAGGAGGCGGCGGGGCGGGCGCGGGCCGAGGCGGAGCGGCUGCAGGAGCUGCAGGAGCAGCUGGCCCAGACCCGCGGCCGCCUCCUGGAGCAGCAGCGCGAGCGGGAGCGCGAGCAGGGCGACCACGGGCUGAUGCUGCGCGAGCUGCAGGAGCUGCUGCGCGCCGAGCGCGACGCGCGCUGCGCCGCCGAGCGGGAGCUGCAGCAGGCCCGGGAGGCGCUGGCUGGCACUGCCAGCACCGCGGAGCGAGCCCAGGGCCACGAGCAGCAGGCGCGGCAGCUGAGCCAGGAGCUGGAGGAGCUGCGCAGGGAGCUGCAGGGCGUGCGAGAGGAGAACAGCAGGGCCGACCCACGGAUCCAGGAGCUGCAGGAGGAGAUGGCCGGCCUCAAGAACCACUUCCAGCUGCAGCUGGUGCAGGAGAUGAAGAAGACAGCCCAGGCUGAGGAGCAGCUCCGGCAGCGCUCGCAGCGGGAGGAGCAGCGCGUGGCCGAGCUGGAGGCCCAGGUGUCCCAGGUGUCUGAGCUGCUGGGCACCUACGAGAAGGCCAAGCAGAGGGACCAGGGCACCAUCCAGAGGCUCAAGGACCGCAUCGUGCAGCUGGACCUGGAGAACAAGACCUUGGCCAUCGCCGCCUCCAGCCGCUCCCUGGGCGAGGUGGCCGUGGAGGAGGCCACCCUGGACGUGAGCGUGCUCAAGGAGAAGAUGGAGAAGCUGAGGAAGCUCCUGCAGGCAGCGGCUGGGAAGGGCCUGGAGGCAGAGGAGCCGCAGGAGCCGGAGCUGGCCCCGGGCGGCGGGGACGGGAAUGGGGACAAGGCCCUGGGCGGGCAUUGCCAGCAGGAGCUGAGGCAGCUCAAGGAGGAGUUUGAGCGCUACAAGGUGAGGGCGCAGCAGGUGCUCAAGAGCAAGGCCAGCAAGGACGUGGGCCUGGCCAAGGAGCUGGAGGAGGCGCGGGAGCAGCUGGCGGAGCUCCAGGACAAGAACGUGCUGCUGCAGCUGGCUGCGGACGACAUGGAGAAGCGGCACCGGCAGGAGCUGGAGGCCAGGAAGCAGGAGCUGUCCCAGCUGCAGCAGCUGCACCGGCAGGAGCUGGAGCGGUGCCAGCUGCAGUUCCGGGAGCGGGCGCUGCGCCUGGAGGAGGAGAUGCACAAGCAGCGGGACCGGGCGCUGGCCGUGCUGGCCGAGAAGGACCGGGAGCUGGAGCAGCUCCGCACCCUCACGCUGCCCCACGGCCCCAAGGGCUGCCGGGAUGGCGGCCCCGGCCCGGGGGACGCUCCCAGCCAGGAUUCCUCGGAGAUCCUGCCCCAGGAGCUGCAGCUGUGCUCCGGCUCCGAGCCCACCUUCUUCCUGUACGCGGAGCAGCUGGCGCGCAAGGAGGUGGAGAUCGCGGCGCUGCGCAAGCACCGGCACCGGCUGGAGGUGCAGCUGCACCAGCUGCAGGGCAGGGCCCUGGCCGAGGAGGACCGGCACCGCGAGGAGGUGGCGGCGCUGCGGGACGAGAUCCAGAAGAACUGCCGGGAUAAGAGCAGGGAAGGAGCCAACCUGGAGUACCUGAAGAACGUGGUGUACCGGUUCCUGACGCUGCCGGACGCGCGGGGCCGGCAGCAGACGCUCACGGCCAUCCUGGCCAUCCUGCACUUCAGCCCCGAGGAGAAGCUGAGCAUCGCCAAGAGCUCAGCCCAUGGCUCCUGGUGGCCCCACGGGAAGAGAUGAGGGCUGGGUUUUAUUCCCUUUUCUGUAAGAGCUCCUUCCCGAGGACUGACCGAAACCUCGUCCCACACACGCCCGCAUCUCUCCGGGAUUUGGGCUCCAGUUGGGGUUUUUAGCACUAACUUGCCAGGAUUUGGGCUCCAGUUGGAGUUUUUAGCACUAACUUGCAGUGAGGUUGUGCCAACUUUUCCAGCCCCAAAGCCUCUGUGGUGGGAAUUUGCUUCGAGUUGAGACUUGAUUUGGAAACCAUGAAAUUGAAGAUGCUGAGGUUUUUUAAAGGUGGUUUAAAAGCAAUCCCUACCUGUCAGACGUGGCACCGAGUGGAAUUCACUUGGAUCUUCAAGCUCCAGUCAGGCUGGUGACUCAGGAGAUGAAAGGGAAGGUGGGAAGCACUUUAGGUGGAGCUAAAAUAGCACCAGGCCAUGGAAAGCUCAGGAAGAUGGGGCUCAGUGCAGGCAAUCUUGGGCAUUUCCCCUUAAGGCUCUUUUCCAGAGCCUAAUUUAACCUGUGGAUGCAGCUCCAGGCUCAUCCAGGGGCUCAGGCUCUCCUUCCUUCCCAGGGAUCCUCUCUGGGCAAUCAGGGAUUCUAGGAAGGAGAAAGGAUCUCCCUGUGGAUGACUCCCAUCCUGAGGGUGUUGUUUUCCUGCCCCACGUUUGGAAUUAAAUCCUGGCUGCUAAAGCUAGGCCCAGAGACAGGGAUAGGUCUGGAUUAAGACCCCCGGGGGUCCUGGAGCCCUGUCAAGAGCAGGUUUGGGAGCAGCUCCUGGUGCUGCACUGCCCAGAGAGCCUUGGGAAGGAUCAGCCACUCCUGGCACUGCCAGGGACAUGGACAGGGGCAUGGAACUUCCCUCCUUUCCUUCUUGGCUGUCCUGGCCCUGUCAGCAGCCAAACUCCCUGGAUUCCACUCUGGCCAGUGCAGCCCUUGGUGCCAAUUUCUCCUCAAAAAAAUCCUCAGGGAAACGUGUCCUGGGCAGAGCCUGUCCCUGCUGGGAGGGGGCCACAGCUGGGGGAUGUUCCCUCCAUCCAGGGAUGUUCCCACUGGGAACAGUGGGAUCCAGGUGCUGCCCUGAUGGGAGAGUUUGUCCCAGGAAUAUUUUAAACGCUCCUCAAGGAUGAAAGGGGUGGUUCAGACAGGGGAGAGCCCAGCCCCUGCUCCCAGUCUGGAAGUGUUGAAUCAAGAAGUGCCUCUGGAAUGGCAGGGAUGGCUCCAACUCUUUGCCUGGAGCCAUUCCCAGGACUCCAGAGGGAGGUGGAGCCUCCUCCUGCUGUGGCUUCACUGCUCAGGCUGGGGGAUGGAUCCCUGUUCUCCCUCUGCUCCUGCAGGAUGGAGUGACCUGGAAUGGACCCCAGGGCUGGUGGGGACCCAGCAGGGCAGAGGAAUGGGGUGGGACCCAGCUGGGAGCACAGCUUGGAGCAGGGAAUCAGUGUGGGAUCCAGCAGGGAAUGAAUGUGGGAUCCAGUUGGGAGAGAGGGAAUGAGUGUGGGAUCCAGCUGGGAGAGCAGGGAAUGAGUGUGGGAUCCAGCUGGGAGAGCAGGGAAUGAGUGUGGGAUACAGCAGGGAGAGAGGGAAUGAGUGUGGGAUCCAGCAGGGAAUGAGUGUGGGAUCCAGCUGUGAGAGCAGGGAAUGAGUGUGGGAUCCAGCUGUGAGAGCAGGGAAUGUGUGUGGGAUCCAGCAGGGAGAGAGGGAAUGAGUGUGGGAUCCAGCAGGGAGAGAGGGAAUGAGUGUGGGAUCCAGCAGGGAAUGAGUGUGGGAUACAGCAGGGAGAGCAGGGAAUGAGUGUGGGAUCCAGCAGGGAGAGAGGGAAUGAGUGUGGGAUCCAGCAGGGAGAGAGGGAAUGAGUGUGGGAUCCAGCUGUGAGAGCAGGGAAUGAGUGUGGGAUCCAGCAGGGAGAGAGGGAAUGAGUGUGGGAUCCAGCAGGGAGAGAGGGAAUGAGUGUGGGAUCCAGCUGUGAGAGCAGGGAAUGAGUGUGGGAUCCAGCAGGGAGAGAGGGAAUGAGUGUGGGAUCCAGCAGGGAAUGAGUGUGGGAUCCAGCUGGGAGAGCAGGGACAGGCAGGAUCCAUCUGGGAGGAUGCAGAUCCAUCCCCGUGCCCUCUGUCUGUCCCUGGCAGAGGAAGAUGAGGAAGCUGCUGCAGGGGAGCAUCUCCAGGAGUGCCCAGCUCUGUGUCACUGUCACCCUCCUGCAGCUCCUGUGCCAUUCCUUCCUCUGCUCCCCUCCAGCCCCUCUCCCUCCUGCUCCCUCCUUCCCUCAGAUCCUCCCUCCCUCCCUCUUCUCUCUCUCCCUUCAGCCAAUAUCCCUGAAAUAAAGGUAAAAUUCCUCUUUGAGGGGACUCUGGUGGCUCCUGGGGACGGGAUGGGCAUUGCUUGGGGACUUUUGGUGGAUGUUGGAACA